AUGAAGCAGACGCAUGAUGUGAGGAGGAGGAGGAGGUCAGAGUGUGUGGAGGAGGAGGUCAGAGUGUGUGUAGAGGAGGAGGAGGAGGUCAGAGUGUGUGUAGAGGAGGAGGAGGUCAGAGUGUGUGUAGAGGAGGUCAGAGUGUGUGUAGAGGAGGAGGAGGAGGUCAGAGUGUGUGUAGAGGAGGAGGAGGAGGUCAGAGUGUGUGUAGAGGAGGAGGAGGAGGUCAGAGUGUGUGUAGAGGAGGAGGAGGUCAGAGUGUGUGUAGAGGAGGAGGAGGUCAGAGUGUGUGUAGAGGAGGUCAGAGUGUGUGUAGAGGAGGAGGAGAGGAGGAGGAGGUCAGAGUGUGAGGAGGAGGAGGAGGUCAGAGUGUGUGUAGAGGAGGAGGAGGAGGUCAGAGUGUGUGUAGAGGAGGAGGAGGAGGUCAGAGUGUGUGUAGAGGAGGAGGAGGAGGUCAGAGUGUGUGUAGAGGAGGAGGAGGUGUGUUGCAGCCUCUGCUCUGAGAGUUCAGCUGCUGCUCGAGGGCGGCUCGUCUGA